AUAAGGUCGUAUCUUCAAUCUUAGGAGAUACAAAUAAGUUAAUGUUCCUUGCUUGAAACGUUGCAUCUUGGACUCUGGAGGAAAUCAUUAUGGCUAAGAUCAGCGCUCUUUAGGGCAGGUUUCCUCCCGGCAUCGGUAACUUCAAUCCGUCGCGCUUCUUUGACAGCGUCGCUCAGCGGUCCACCUUUCUUCUUCCCCAACCGUUCACAAUGAAAAAUAUUCCCCCAGAAAUAUACUAUGCCAUCGGCAAGGAGCUUCCAAACAAAGACCGAAAGAAAAUGAGGGCGACGUGUAAAUUCAUCAAUCAUGCUGUGGAAUCUCUUGUCUUCUCCUCCAUUUGUAUGGCCUAUUGUUUUUUCGGCGACAUGGUUCACAUCAGGCCAGGAUAUCUCGGAUAUUUCGAUCCAUUCAAUGGCGAUAUUUUCCGCCACGUCCAGAAGAUCAAAAUCAUCGCGGUACAGCAAUCAACGUCACCAUUAUCAUUUCCUUACUUUGGACCAUUCAUCGAACUUGAUAGGGCUAUCUUGAAAUAUUUCAUUCCACUCUUACAGAACUUGAGGGAUAUCUCGAUUGUGAUGGAACAUAAGGUGCCUGCGUGGUUCUUUGAGGCUCUGUACCCAUCCCUUUCAUCCCUUCCUCACAUCGAAACCAUCAUCUUACGGGCCAAAAACGAGUUCUACCCACCACCAUGCUCUCUUCGUCCCUAUGUUCACGCCGUCGUGCUAACCCGAACAUGGGAUGAUGCUGCCUGCGUUUCGACUCGGUCCUUUUUGCAGACUACACCGGCUGUCAAGACCCUGAGACUGGAGAAUGGCGACGCUCUCGUUCAUCUUGACUCCCGACGGUCGGUGGGAGAUAUCUUAGGUGGUUUUGGUGAUCAUCAUCUCGGCAUCGAGAACCUUGAUACGAGUGGCUUCGACCUGCUUGAAGACUGGCCGUCUAUCAAGAACCACUUCCGUCAUCUCGGUAGCCUCGUCAUUCAUGACAAUCUCGAUACUCCGACUGGUUUCUGGACAUGUUUCAUGAAGGAAGGAGCGCACCGCACGAUCCGCCAAUUUAGUGUCAAGCCUGACCCUCGUCUCACUCCCCAUGCCUGCCUUUCACCGGAACUAUGGGACUUUCUGUGGGCGCUAGAGAAAUUAGAGUUCAUCCAGAUCUGUGUCGCUUUCUCAAACUCGGCGGAGGAACGCGAGAUGGGAGAGAGCCAGGGUAACGAAUUUUACGAGAAGUUUUUGAAGAAGCACGGGAGUACGAUGAAGUACCUUCAUUUGACGGCUCCUAUGGAAUGUAGCUGGUCUAUUACCUCUCCAGGACAUCUCGAGCUGCUGGUUGCAGCAUGUCCGAAGCUCGUCGGGUUGACUGUGUUUACGAGCCACGUCGGCGGAGAAACAGAUAUGAUCGUUCCCGUCCUUGACCAGAUACCGUCUCUCCCGUACCUGAAAAAUCUCGAUUUGAGCGGCGUGAUACCGAGUCUGUAUAGAACGGAGCAAGAACGAUUUGACAUUAACGCUUGUUACCGCGAGAAGGAAGAGGCGCUUAAGGAAGUGAUCCUUGGAUACAAGCCGAUGGAUCCUAAGGUUUUCGAGGGCUUGGUGAUAAACAGCGAAAAAAGUUGUGUCUUCGAGUUCUUGGAAGGAGCUCAGGGUUUUACUUGCAACUUCGGUAUUCCGCAUUUCGUUCGCACUGAGCUGCAUUUCGGAUAAUGACGUGCCUUCUUCGCUAAAUCGGCUCUUUGUGUCAAUGAUUAUGUGUGUAGUAUUGUAUUAUACUAUACAAGAGAGUGAAAUGAUAAUAUCAAUAUGUGGGAGGAUUCUGCUG